CAGCUUCUUUUCCGUGCCUGCUCUCCGCUUCUCCUCGCCGCGUCUCCUCGCCGCUUCUCCUCGCCUCUCCCCCUCGCCUCUCCCGCUCCUCCGCCUCGCGCAGCAUGUCGGGCCGCGGUAAGACCGGCGGCAAGGCCCGCGCCAAGGCCAAGUCACGGUCGUCGCGCGCCGGCCUGCAGUUCCCCGUGGGCCGCGUCCACCGGCUGCUCCGCAAGGGCCACUACGCCGAGCGGGUCGGCGCGGGCGCGCCCGUGUACCUGGCGGCGGUGCUGGAGUACCUGACGGCCGAGAUCCUGGAGCUGGCGGGCAACGCGGCCCGCGACAACAAGAAGACGCGCAUCAUCCCGCGCCACCUGCAGCUGGCCAUCCGCAACGACGAGGAGCUCAACAAGCUGCUGGGCGGCGUGACCAUCGCGCAGGGCGGCGUGCUGCCCAACAUCCAGGCCGUGCUGCUGCCCAAGAAGACGAGCGCGGCCGUGGGCCCCAAGGCGCCGGCGGGCAAGAAGGCCACGCAGGCCUCCCAGGAGUACUGAGGCCGCCGCCGCCCCGCCACCACAAAGGCCCUUUUAAGGGCCACCACCGCCUCGCGGAAAGAGCUGAGCCGCAGUCGCCCCCGCCCCGCCGCCCUCCCCGCUCCCCGGCGCUGACCCGGCCGCCCUGCCCUUGGAGCGGCCGACGGGCCGCGGCCCUGACGCAGCGCCGACCGCGGCCUGGGAGGUGCGCGCUUCGGGCGCCGCCUCGGCCUCGGCUGUGGACUCCUCCCGGCUCUGCCGGCGGAGACUCGGACCCUGAUCUGUGCGCGGCCGUCCCCUCUGCUGCCAGGUCCCGGGCCUUUCCCACCCGCUCCCCAUCGACCUCCUGGGCCCGUGCGGGGCUGCCCGGACCUGGCGCGGGCGGGCGGGCGGCCGGGCCUCACCGCUCGUCCCGCGACAGACACCAGCACUGCGGGGACCCCACCCGGGCCCAGCCUCGCUGGUUUCCGAACUGGAAUUCAGCAGCUAACCCACCCAAGAGCAGGUACUUGGAAGUUUCAGAUGGACAGAUUUUGUUUAUUAAAGGAUUUUUUAAGAAA